UUGAUCCUUUUCACAGACAUGUUGAAAGUAUUUCUAGAACACUAAUGUACUAAAGAAUUAUAGACGGGAAAGUACACAACGGCUUGUAUUUCACUGACGUCUUAAAUGAGUCCGUAUAAAUACAGCACCGGAAAGUAACGGCUUGACACAUUGGUCUAGGAUCCUGAAUUAAAUACACCAUUUUUAUUUUACGAGCUGAGAACGAGUUUUCACCGUGUGGCCAAAGAGCUAGGAAUUUUUUUCUCAGGGAUGUUCAUCAACUGUUAAAUUUCUACGAAAGUCGUUAGAGCUGUUUUGGGAUCCGUGUCCAGGUUCCACCCUGCAUCUUUCAGGUUCCAAGAAGUUGUGACUUGAAUAGAGAACAAAGAAUGAAGCUGAAUGUAUGCUUUGUAACCUUGGCCUUGAUGGUCCUGUUCUACAAGUGUCAAGCGCAAGUCUAUGUGGCUGAAGGAUAUUUUGUGAUUGACAGCAGCGCUGUUCAAAAUUACAUUAGAGAAAUCAAUACCUCGGACUCCUACGCUGUGAAAUACCAACAAGCUGUAGACAAAAUACAGAAGGAUGUUACGUACACCCUGACACAGGUCAAUAACAUCUUGACAUCAGUGUCCAAAUUCGGCUACAAUAUUGAGAUUAGAGUGAGAAGACUGGACAUUCUGGCGGAAAACGUUGUCAGCAGUGUGGUCCUAGGUACCAGCAAUGUGGUAGAUAGUUACAUUGCAAUUGAUACCUUCAAGAACUGGCUGAUUGAGAGAAAACUCUACGACACACUACAGUUUGACUUUGCUGUCCUCUGGACUGGGCUUGAUUUGCUUGGUAGUUUAGGGUACUCCAAACACUUUGAUAGUGUUAUUGGCGGCAUCUGUGCUGGGCCUGCCGCUGUGUCUGUCGUAGAGUUUCAGCCGACCUACAGAGAUGUGGUGGGUACAGCUCACGCGUUCGCUUUGCUACUUGGGACCAACACCGACGGGAUUACAUCCAGUUACGCUACAGCAUUCAUGAACUUACCCAACCACAGUAAUAGAUGGGCUUUCUCACCUUGCAGUGGGUCUGAUAUUAAGGAUUAUCUGGCCCAAUUGAAACCAAACUGCCUGGUCAAGACAGACUCCCAGUCCACCAAGCCCUCCAUCAACUUCUCGACCUACAACGGAGACAUGCUCAAUCCCGAUAUCAUCUGCCAGAGAAGUCUGAACGACUCCAGGUCAUACAUGUGUAAGAGUCUCCCAGAAAUCUACAACUAUCAACCUCCCCGAGGAAACGCCGUUUGCAGCCAGAUAUUCUGUCACGUCCCUUCCAGCCCCUCUCAGUGCACGCCUGUCUACUCCUCUGAUGGUCUGGUCUGCGACAGUCAAAGGAGAUGCAACGCUGGUGGAUGUAAUCAAGACAAUGCUCCAUACAUUGAUGGUAAUUGUGUGUUUGGAGAUCAGAAGACUCUGGACCUGCCAAGUGUUCCAUUCUAUGGCUCAUGUCAGUCUUACAUUGAUCAGUACGGUGCUGUAAGCUGUUACUACACUCCAAUCAACCAGUCAUGUUGUGCCACCUGCAAGAACUACUCCACUGGGAUCUAUGACUGUCUAUAUGGCGAUCGAGCUACAGAUUGUGCCAAAUAUCCCAGAAGUCAAAUCUGUGUGCAGAACAAAACCAUGUGCUGUGCUUACUGCAAGGGUUACUACGGUAAGAGAUCUACAGUGGAUAGUCCUGUCCCUGUAUUGAAUGUAACAGUCCCUCAUGUUCAUCAUAAACCUGAAAUACUCUCAUACCAAGACUACUCAAACAUCAAGCACAAACCACACGUGACCCACAACUAGAUCUAUCAUCCCAGGUCAACAAUAUCAAUAGUAUCAUUAGUGAACGGUUUCUGAUAAAUUUCUUGGAUAUGAAUAAUCACAUAAAACCCUUUAUAAAUUGUUAUAAGACUGUAUCCCUAAAAUAAAAAUAAAGAAAGAGCAAAUGUA